GUGAAGACUCAUCUGCAGGCUCAGACUGUGGAGGCGAUAGCAGUCGGUCACCAGCAUAACCAUCUGGGAGUGUCUGAUGCCUUUGCUACCAUCUAUAGAAGAGAUGGUUUAAUUGGUCUGUGGAGGGGUGUGAACGGGGCCGUGCCUCGAGUCAUGGUGGGAUCAGCUGCUCAACUGGCAACCUUCACCUCGGCCAAGGACUGGGUGUCACAUUCCCAGUGGUUCAGUCCAAACAACUGGCUCACGGCGUUGAUAGCCGCUGCCAUCAGUGGAGUUGCUGUUGCCAUCACCAUGACGCCGUUUGACGUCAUUAGUACAAGACUCUACAACCAGCCAGUGGAUGAGUUUCGCAGGGGCCGGCUGUACCAUGGAUUUUCAGACUGUAUGCUGAAGGUGUGCCAAACCGAGGGCCUGCUAGGGCUGUAUAAAGGCAUGGGCCCUGUGUUUGUGCGCCUGGCCCCACACACAGUGCUCAGCAUGCUGUUCUGGGAUCUGAUGAGGCAGCAAGCAGCGAAGCACAACCAGAGCCAAGGAAGGAGCUGAAACACCUCAACACCUGCACACUGUAGGCCUGACAGCUACACCUGUUGAAGUCCCCCACUGAAUAAUUAAACACUGAAUUCAUAGCAAAUAUG